AUGCUCCUCUAUUUGUGCGGCACCACGCUCGAAUACAACGACCCACGCUGUCAGCCAACACCCGCAUCACCGACCACGAAUCUUCCUCUUUACAUUAAGAAGGGUGUGACAUUGUCUAAGACCCAGGCCCACCAACAACUCCCCGUAAUUCACCUUGGUGUACCCCACGCCGAGUCCUUACCUCUCGUCAAGGCCUUCCUUUAUACCAGCGACACCUCUGAACAUGUCUCGUACAUGCUCCCCCUCGUCCCCCGUGCCGGUUCUUCAUCCAGCGUCACCUCGACCGCAGUGAACCCCGACAUGGAUUUUGCGACGAAGGCGACUGCGAUCACAGAGCACCUCCAGCCCUCCUUCAUCCUCCAGCACAUCGCUCGCGUGUACUCGCUCUACCACAACAUUGUCGCUCUCGGCCCAUCUGACGAGAGGAUCUGGGAGUACAUCGACAUGUGCUGGGAGAACUUCAGUGUCACCAUUGCGAGGGCGAACGGGCGGGAGAUCGAGAUCGAGUUUGGAUACGAGGAAUGA